UACGAUUAUAUGUCAGGAAUUGUGGAAAAACUGAGUUUAAAUAUCUUUGUAUGUAAACUUCUGACUUCAGCUGUAUAUAGCAACCACUAGAACGGAAGUUCCGAGACAAAAUUUUCAAGGUGGCUGUGCACUAGUUUCUCUGGCACAUAAGGUGAAUAGAGCCACAUGUUUUUUGACAGUUUUUACAAAUGUAAUGCUUUAAACAUCACAUUACCUGCUAAGAAUAUAUGCAGAUGCAAAUGAAAACACUGGAGACCGGAAGUUCAAAACAGGCGAAUUGUGGAACACCGCAUUCAGGAAAAAGGUGUUCUGGCCGUCCACAUGAUCUAAAAGAAAAUGUGAUUCAUCAGACCAGGCCACCUUCUUCCAUUGCUCCAUGGUCCAGUUCUGAUGCUCACGUGCCCAUUGUAGGCGCUUUCGGCGGUGGACAGGGGUCAGCAUGGGCACUGUGACCGGUCUGCGACUACGCAGCCCCAUACGCAGCAUGCUGCGAUGCACUGUGUGUUCUGACACCUUUCUAUCAUGGCCAGCAUCAAGUUAUUCAGCAAUUUGUGCUACAGUAGCUCUUCUGAGAGAUCGGACCAGACGGGCUAGCCUUCGCUCCCCAGAUGCAUCAGUGAGCCUUGGGCACCCGUGACCCUGUCGCCUGUUCACCGAUUGUCCUUCCUUGAACCACUUUUGCCCUGCACAAUGAAACAAACCAUGAUUGUGCUGAAGUGCUGAGACAUCAGAGGUAGCAAGGAUGAGUUUAUCAGGUGACAUCUCCUCUUCACACCAUCGAAGGAACCCACACAGGACCUGCCGCACCAUCACUGAAGUUCUGACAGAACUUGACACACCUGAUUCGGGUGACGUUUCCAUCUUGCAUAGUGAGAGAACCUCAGAGACUCAAAAUCUAUAUCCUGCCAAGUCAUGUGGAUGGAGAAGAACUAAGAAGAAAAAGGAGAAACCUCAAGCAGUCAACAAAAGUGCCCCUACUGACUCUCCUGUUUGUUUACAACAAUCUUUAAAUCAAGUAACAGGUAUAAAUGGACAAGUUUCUUCAAAGUCACAUGAACCUGAGCCAAAGGUGCCUCAAAAAGAUACUAUCCCCAAAGCAAUGACUUCAAAAAGAUCUCAUAAGGGCAGAAAGAAGGUAGGCACUCAGCCCUAUGAGAAAGGAGUGGAUGCCUCAGACGACGUAACUGGUAACAAAGUUUGUUCUGAAAGAGUGGACAAAGCUGCACACAUUGCAAGCCCCGAACCACACAAAACAAAAAGGGCCACAAAAGGGACACGCUUUCGGCACUGUAAAAAAAUGUAUACCCCCUCUGAGGUUUCUACGGGGCUUCCCAAAUGUACUACUAUAUCUCAUCGGCCUCAAAAGGAGAUAUCUUCCUGUCACACUAAAUAUGAUUGUAGCUCUAGACCAUGUACUCCAAAACGGGGCAAGCUUCAGCUAAGCCCUUUUCUCAGCUCUACACCGAAAUCAGAACUCCAACCCCUGUCUCCAAACACAGCUGAGGAUAAUUGUUCACCACAAAGACCCCCUAGACCUCAGAAUGUGCCACUGACAAGUCCAGCAAGGUCUUGUCAGAAACCUCCUCCAGAUGCAACACCAUCAAGAACGGACAAACCUCAGAGGCUUGCUGCAGCAGGAAGGCCAGGAGGUCGCAGAAAAAGGAAUGUGCAGGAAAAGUCAAGCACCUCUCCCAAAGUGAAACGCUGCAAGAAGAGUGCAGCAUCUCCAGUAAUAUCUCCUCAGGAAGAGCCCUCCGUUGAGAUGCCUCCUUCUGUCAGGCCUUUCUUGAAAACACAGGAGACAAAGCCUCAGGAAUCAGGUAUAGAAACAGCGACAGAUGCGGUCUAUACAGAUCAAAACAUGUCCUCUGACCUCUCGAUUGAACUGAGCCUUCAAGAGGAGCCCUACCCUCUCAACAACUCCCUCUUGCAGGAAGAGGAUCAGGAUGAUGAUGAAGAGGAGCUACCCAGCUUCUUGCAGCAGGACAAUAAAAAGCGUUUGUCAAUCACAGAGGGACUCUGCGUGUGGUGUAAACUGAGAAAAUACCCCUACUGGCCAGCAGUGGUUAAAAGUGUAAAUCACAAGAGCAAAAAAGCUAGCAUUGUGUUUAUUGAUGGUUUCCUGCUUGAUAAAAAGAGAAUCAGAAAAGGGUUUUCUGUAUCCCUGCGAACCCUAAAGCCCUUGGAUUGUGAAGAGUCAGAUAAACUUGUGGAUAUAGCGAAAGAGAAGUACGGCAGUGCUAUUACCUGGUCUCUGGAACUGAUAUCAGACUAUAGAAUCCGCAUCGAGUUUGGACAUGGACUUUAUUACCACCUGCCUGUAGAAUCUCCAAAUUGCAAAUGUUGUGGCUCUUUCGCUGGUUCCUUCAUCGAAUAUUGUGCUGCAGACAUCAGCUGCCCAGUAAGGAAAAAGUAUUCUGAAGGGAAAUUUGUGCUGACCUUCCCCAGUCAGGAGAUUCUGAGCCAGCAAUGCAACAACUCGGAUGAAAAUGUUGAGGAUAUUGUUGUGGAAGAGCAAGACGAGCUCCUUUCGAAGAAGGUGCUGCCGGACCGAUCAAAAGCUGCACGCAACCGUGCCAACGAGCAGUUGGUGGACUUCAUCGUCAACAAGCGAAGAGUCGAAAAUCGCUUAUUGGCAGUCAUCAGCGGUCAGGAGUCAUCUAAAUGGCUUCAAGCCCUUCUGAAGCCCACACGCCCAGUGGUUGAUGUCUAUUUGGAAGAUGAGGAACAGGUUGAUAAGGUGUACCGUUACCUGAACAAAGUCUGUGACAACGCCCUUCAAAGAAACACCUGCCUGGAAAAUAUCCAGGCAGACAGGAUUCGCCUUAUUCUUGAUGUGCUUCUGCCAGAGGCAAUUAUCUAUGCCAUUGCUGGAGUCCACAAGCUUUCCUUGGAGAACGCGGAGGAAAAGUAUCGUAGAGGGCCAUGCUUUAGUAACAGAGAAAGACAAGAGUUUGACAUGAUGAUUGAACAGCAGAUGAAACUUAAGAAAAUCACACAGCGUCAUCAACAGUGACAGUUCACAAAACAGCUAUUUUAAAGACACAUGGACUUAUUAACCAUUUCUUUGUUCUAUUUGACGGCACUUAAUCAUGGUGUGUUGGAAAGUGGUUUGAUGUCAUCUUUCUUGGAAAAUCAUUAUUAUCAUUGUAUAAUAAACUACCUUUAUUUUUUUUUUUUUUCAUGCCUCAGAGACAAAAAUCGGACUUUUCGGGCUGAGUGGCAUAUCAUAACAUAAUCAAUAUGCUAAAGCUGAGAAAAUAUGUUGCUGUCAGUGUGCAUGCAGUAUAUGUAGUUGAGUAACAUGCAUUGUUAUAAUACAUAAAAACAUUUUAAUAACAUUUAUUUUAUUCCUCAGAUCACUUACAGUAAAUGGGAUGAAUGUGGUUUGUUACAUUAUUUUAAAAUUGCUUAAGCAAGUUUGUUUAAGGUGGCAUGGGUGUUUGUAACUAUUUGUAACGUUACAAUGUCAAGGUGCAUUUAUAAUCAAAACACUUAUGUCUCCUUAAAGGUAUAGUUCACUCAAAAGUGAAAAUUCUCAUCAUUUACUCACUGCCAUCUUAAAUGUGUAUGAUUUUUUUCCUUCUGCAGAACACAAACAAAGAUUUUUGGAAGAAUAUCUCAGUCAACUCUGUCAGCCCAUACUAUGCAAGUGAGUGUUGACCAAAAAUUUCAAGCACCUAAAAGCAGCAUAAAACUAAUCCAUAUGACUUUCUAAGCAAUUAUACUUCCUAGUGCUUGACGCAUGUGCAGAGCGCUAGGAAGUGUAAUCAAGAUUGAAAUCAUGAUCAUCAAGGAGACUGCCGAUGUCAAGAUUUAUAAGGAAAAAAAGAGAUAUAUUCUGGUCUGUUCUCCCCUUAAACAGAUUGGAUUUCUUCAGAAGACAUGAAUUAAACCACUGGAGUCACAUAGAUUACUUUCAUGCUGCCUUUGUGUUUUUUGGAUCUUCAAAGUUUUGGUCACCAUUCACUUGCAUUGUGUGGACCAACAGAGCUGGGAUAUUCUUCUAAAAAUCAUUGUUUGUUAGGUUGAGUAAAUGAUGAGGAUUUUCUUUUUUGGGUGAACUAUUCCUUUAAAACCUCCAAAAUGCUGUGUAUUUAUCCUGGUUAUUGUGAGAAUAUUAAUGUUCCAAAGUUGGAUGAUAAUAUGAUUUUUUUUGACCACUUGACAGUUCACAAUAUACUUGUAAUACAUAGGUUUUUCUACUCAGUGGUAUAAAAAAAGUGCUCAUGCACAUAUUUUAUACAAGACUUAAUUUUUGUUUAUCAUUAAAUCUUUAUUUUAAAACACC